AUGCCUUUUGAGCUCUUAAUAAAUCAGUCCCUUGAAAUUGGGAUGUGCCGACCAGGCCAAUGGAUGAAACUAACCAAAGGUUCAUGGGUGAGAUCUAUGUCACCUUUCGAUCACAAGUUCUUGGAUAUUAGAAUGGCCAGCUCGGCUAAGCAAACUCUUCAGGUCUCGCUGGAUGAAGGUUUGUUCUCCCUGGAUCAAUCUGAAAUUAACUUCUUUUUAAUUUGUUUUUAUCGUGUUAUUUUUCUGGUACUGGGGAUAUUGUUAAUUACUCUGGCAUCCUUCCUUAGCAAGUCUCUAGGAUUUUACUAUGGCAGUAGGGUCACUCAUUUUCCUUGUGAUACUGAUGGUUCUUUUCCAGAAACGAAGCUUCUUCCAACUGGUAGGAAGAAUUCACUAGCAAUAUUCUUGUAUUCAUCCAUUGUUGGAGUGGGAUCUUUCUUUCUGCGCUAUGUGCCACAAUUGUUGCGUUCAAUACUUAACGAGAUUGGUAUUGGUGAAGACAUGCAUAACCCUUUGGCAAAUUCUGCUGCUUUUCCUCCUAACAGCUGGAGCUUGGUUGGGAAGGGGAGCCUUGGAGCUUGUAAAGUUGUGUCCGUGUGCGGGCCUUCCCUGGGCCCUACGUGGUUGGGGUUUUGGGUUGUUCACAAACUUGUACUUGCAGAAGAUGGAUCCAUUGACAUCGGAGUAUCUCAAUAUGUCGGUUGGUCCAUCCGAGUUUUUGCUUCGGGAUUGAUUAUUCAGAGUUCUCUGGAUCUUUUAUUGGUUUUGGAGGCACUGAUAUGUGGAGUUCUGAUUUCGCUAGUCUUGAGGAGAAUAUUCCGUCCCAAAUAUGUUUUGCGCUUUUGCAAGAAUUUAUUACAAAUAGACACGAGUUAUCUCUGGGAAUCUCAGGAUUCUUACACAUCAGUGAUAAAAGGGUCAUAUGGUUCCAGGACUUCCGAGAGAAAUCGAAAUGACACAAUCAGUCGAGAAAAGUGCAAGGUGGAGCUUCUCUUACAUGUUUUUUUCCUGAAGAAAUUUUCAAAGGAGGAGUGGAAUAAGUUAACUAGAGACACCACAAUGAAGGCUAUGGAUGAGCUUGUUUCUUCCACUGAUUUUAGCUAAUGGGUCGUUGCUCACACAGAUAGGUAGAGAAGGUGAUACCAAUGGCUAUGACAAUAAAAUGUAAGAUUCUAGUGAGUGGAGAUCAUAGGUGUUCGGACUUGUUGUAAAAUGCUACACAAUUUUUAACUUAGACAGUGAUUCCUUUUUGUAACUUGUGUAUUAUGGUGUGUCUACAUUCUUAUUAGUUUGAGCUAGAGUAACCUUAUUGACUUGUACAAGGCAUUGAAACUGACUACUUAUUUUUGUUGAAUAUAACUACUGGAUUAUAGAA